AUGUCUUCUCAACACCAACACCCUGCUCUAUUUGGCCAAUACGGCAUGAACCAAGUCCGAAACGAGAAUGGUGAAACACCUUUGGCUCCGGCCGUGAAUGCGAGCGGCGGUGCGGUGUCACCCCCAUUGGGUUUUGGAACUGCCGGCCUCCAAUCGGUUCCUUUCUUGUCUCAUCACAGUUACAGCAAAGCGGUCAUGAGUCAUAGACCGGCCGUUCCUACUGCAGCUCACGGGGUUCCAAACUUUCCCAAGUUGCCCAACUUAGGCCGCCAUGAUUUUCACUCAAGCGGUACGAACACGCCCGGUUCGAUCACUCCGAGCGUGGCCCAGUCCAAGACGAUUCAUCUUGAUUUGGACACUGGGGACGAGCGUGACAAACUCGACAAAUUUGACUGGACCCCUCCCUUCAACAAUUGUUCUGCCCGUAUCUUUGAAGCCACCAUGCAAUCUGAUCUCGGCACGGGAUCCAACACCUCAGGCAAGGCGAAGGCAACCCGUAUCCCUUCGGUUAGUUCCACCAGCUCCGAUGAUGUUGUGAUCGAAGCUCCUAACAAAGGAAAAGUUGCUGAUACCAUCAAUCAAGAUGCUGCACCUGGAGGGAACAGUGCGAUAUUCAAACUUGCUGACGCUGGUGGAUCAGUAACCAUCACGGGUAGCGAUGCCAACAUUCAGGAGUUUUUCGCUGCGGUUCAGCUAGCUCGUUUGACAGAGGCCGGGCUUAGUAUCUCCAUGGCUGACCCGGCCAAAUCUGCCAAGAUGGCCAAUACGAAAAUCGCAAUGGCACAAUCACGGCUCAAAGCGAUGAGCGCAAUGAACAACUCAAGUGUCACGUCUUCCCAGUUAGCCGAUUCCAUUCCACUAGAUCCCAUUCAAGUCAAGCUUGAGUCUCUCAUCAAAAAGUAUGGCAGUUUGGAAAACCAUAGUCGCGAAGGAUGGCGAGUUUAUAAGCCACAUGAAGCUUCAAAAUACAUGCAAAUGAAUUACGAGCAUCUGCACAAGUGGGCUCAAGAGCUGGUUAGUGUUCAUAACAUGUGCCUUGCCUUUGUACCUCUCACUGAUGAUGAUCCACACCAGGCCAAAAAACAAGCUGGAGUGGACUUGGAAAAUCCUCCGAUGUAUCUCGAAGGCUUCAAAUGGACCGACGUCAAAAGGCCAUUGUUGAUGUCUGCUCCUCCCCCUUCCGCCAAGAAGAACAAGCACGGUGAGGGUGACAUUGGCCACAUUGAUUCACCUGGUGGGUAUGCUGAAUGCCAAGGGUUUCACAUUUGA